ACAGUAACAGAUGUAGCACAACAGACAACAAAAGCGAUUGAAGAUGCUAAGCCGAUUGCUUCAUCGACCAUGGAGACGAUUUCUUCAACUGAUCCUAGUGUCAUUGUUGUUGCCGCUGGUGCUGCGUUUAUUGCUUACCUUCUUCUCCCUCCUGUUUGGUCUGCAAUAUCUUUUAACUUCCGUGGAUACAAAGGUGAUCUUACCCCGGCUCAAACACUUGAUCUUCUCUGUUCCAAGAACUACUUAAUGGUGGAUAUAAGAUCAGAGAAAGAAAAGGAGAAAGCUGGGAUUCCAAGGCUUCCUUCAAAUGCUAAGAACCGUGUGAUCGCGAUACCAUUAGAAGAACUACCAAACAAAGUAAAAGGAAUUGUGAGGAGCUCGAAAAGGGUUGAAGCAGAGAUAGCUGCAUUAAAGAUUUCUUACCUCAAGAGAAUCAACAAAGGCUCCAAUAUCAUCAUCUUGGAUUCGUACUCGGAUUCGGCUAAGAUAGUGGCGAAAACGUUAAAGGUUCUCGGGUUCAAGAAUUGCUAUAUUGUGACAGAUGGAUUCUCUGGUGGCAGAGGAUGGAUGCAGAGUCGGUUAGGCACUGAUUCAUACAACUUCUCGUUUGCGCAAGUCUUGUCUCCAUCGCGGAUUAUCCCAGCAGCUUCUAGAAGCUUUGGCACUAGAUCCGGAACCAAGUUCCUUCCUAGCUCCGACUGAAAAUAAACAAGAGGAUACAUAAUAGUCUAAAAAGUCUUGUUUUAAAUUCCUUUAUUUCUCAACUUUGAGAUAUCUUUUGAUAAUUACUUUUGCAUUGAUGAUCAUAUGUGGAACUAGUAAAAAAAAGACAGAUGAAAUCGAACUGAA